AUGGAGCUCCGAACGAUCAUCUUCUUCCUCGUACUCUACGUCGGUAUCCGCCUCUAUCAGUCGCGCCGCGCAUCCUCCGAGCCCAUCAUGUCCCACGGAAAGGUCGUCAACAUCGACAACGAUGUCAUCUUCAAGGCCCUUACCUCCUCCGGCCCCGCUGUUAUCGACUUCUAUGCGACCUGGUGCGGUCCCUGCAAGGCCGUUGCGCCUAAGGUCGGCGAGCUGAGCGAGAAGUACCAGAAUGUGCGCUUCAUUCAGGUUGAUGUUGACAAGAUGCGCGCCGUUGCUCAGCAGUAUAAUGUCACUGCCAUGCCGACCUUUGUGUUCUUGAAGGAUGGCAAGGAGGUUGUUGAGAAGCGGGUUCGCGGUGCUGAUAUCCGUGCGUUGGAGGCUGGUAUUCAAGCUAUUUCUGCGUAG